AUGUCUGUGGAACAAUUUAUUAACGAUCAGUUGCACUCAAUCGUGGGAAUCAGUGACAAAUCGAUUUGCCAAUACGUUCAUGCGCUCGCCAAAAAAGCAAAAACACCUCGAGAUUUAGUGGAAAGGCUCCGAGAUGAUUGUGACUUUCAAAUCUCUCCAGCAAUUCAAUCUUUCGCCGAACAACUGAUCAAUAAGAUGCCUCGAGCAGCUCCAGUACGACAGAAAGGACCAACGUCAGCGGAACUUGCAGAAAGAGAACUGAAACGGCUAAAUAAUGCAGUUGGAAUUCUACAAGACGAUUAUGGGUCAUCUUCAAAGAAGACAAAUGUGCGGAAAAGGAAAGAGAGUAGCAGUGAAGAUGAGGCUCCAGCGCCAAGCAAGAAAAGUACAAAAGUGGCGAAAAAGAAAGAAGAAUCAGAUGAUUCUGACAUUGAAGCAAUGGAAGCAAAACUAGAUGCAGAUAUUGCUGAAAGAGAUGCUCUAGCAGCGAGAAUGAAUAAAAGAGAAAAGGAAAAGACGAGAAAUGUGAUGGAGAAAAAACGGGAUGAUAACAAGGACAAAGAGGGAAUGACGAUGGAUAAACUGAGAGAAGAAUCUAGAAGACAGUAUUUGAAGAAAAGAAAAGUCGACAAACUCGAAGAGUUGGAAGCGAUUGUUCAUGAUGAUCAGACACUUUUCGCCAAUGAGAAGCUUACGAAACGAGAAAGAGAGGAUAUGGAGUACAGAAAGAAGGUUUUAGAGUAUGCGAAAGCUCAUGGGAAAGCAGGAGAGGUUAUGAAAAUCAAGCGAUACCACCUUCCAGAUGCCACAUCGAAAACUAUCCCUUCGCAGUAUAUAGAAGACGAUGAGGAGGAUUUGAGGCCUGGAGGCGAUGGAGCCAAAUGGGAAGAGGAGCAGUUGAUGGCGUCAAUGCUACAUUUAGGAGCAAAGGAUGCAAGAAAGAAUGAGCCAGAGUUCGAAUUGUUGCUCGACGAACAGAUCGAUUUUAUUCAAGCACUUCAAAUGCCAGGAACCAAUGAAGAUGAGAAAGAGAAAGAGACGGAAGCUGAGAAGAGGAAGAUGUCGAUUGCAGAAGUUCGUAGAUCCUUGCCAGUGUACGCAUUCAGAGAGGCUUUCAUUGAAGCUGUCCGAGAGCAUCAAGUGCUGAUUAUUGAAGGAGAAACGGGGUCUGGAAAAACGACACAGUUGCCACAAUAUUUGUAUGAAGCGGGAUUUUGUGAGGGAGGAAAGCGUAUUGGUUGUACGCAGCCGAGACGUGUCGCCGCGAUGUCUGUUGCUGCGAGAGUUGCCGAUGAAGUGGGGUGUAAAUUGGGAACGCAGGUCGGCUACAGUAUUCGUUUCGAAGAUUGCACAUCAGAAAAGACAGUUUUGAAGUAUAUGACAGACGGAAUGCUUCUUCGAGAAUUUCUGAAUGAACCAGAUUUGGCCAGUUACAGUGUUAUGAUGAUUGACGAGGCUCACGAACGCACACUUCAUACUGAUAUUCUAUUCGGCCUCGUCAAAGAUAUCGCCAGAUUCCGACCGGAUCUAAAACUCCUCAUCUCAUCAGCCACACUCGACGCUGAAAAGUUCUCUGGAUUUUUCGACGAUGCUCCGAUUUUCAGAAUCCCGGGACGUCGAUUUCCGGUGGAUAUUUACUAUACACAAGCGCCAGAAGCUGAUUAUCUUGAUGCCGCUAUUGUGACAGUAAUGCAAAUCCAUCUAACACAACCACUUCCCGGUGAUAUUCUGGUAUUUUUGACGGGUCAAGAGGAAAUCGAAACACUGCAAGAGGCAUUGAUGGAAAGGUCUAAAGCUCUUGGUUCGAAAAUUAAAGAACUGAUUCCACUGCCAGUUUAUGCCAAUUUACCCAGUGAUUUGCAAGCAAAGAUUUUCGAACCAACACCGAAAGAUGCGAGAAAAGUCGUCCUCGCCACCAACAUCGCCGAAACAUCAGUCACAAUCGAUGGAAUCAGCUACGUCAUCGAUCCGGGAUUCUCGAAACAAAACUCAUUUGAUGCCAGAAGUGGAGUUGAGCAUUUACACGUUGUCACUAUCUCGAAAGCUGCAUCAAAUCAAAGAGCCGGUCGAGCCGGUCGUACUGGUCCUGGAAAAUGUUUCCGUCUGUAUACAGCAUGGGCAUUCAACAAUGAAUUGGAGGAUCAGCCGAUUCCAGAAAUCCAACGGACAAAUCUUGGAAAUGUGGUUUUGAUGUUGAAGUCUUUAGGAAUCCACGAUCUUGUACAUUUUGACUUCCUGGAUCCUCCACCUCAAGAGACACUUGUUAUUGCUUUGGAACAACUUUAUGCUCUUGGAGCAUUGAAUCAUCGUGGAGAAUUGACGAAAUUAGGCCGACGAAUGGCUGAAUUCCCCUGUGAUCCAUGUAUGAGUAAGAUGAUCAUCGCCAGUGAGAAAUACGAAUGUUCUGAGGAAAUCGUCACUAUUGCUGCGAUGCUUUCGUGCAAUGCUGCGGUAUUCUACAGACCAAAGGCGCAAGUUAUUCAUGCGGAUUCGGCGAGAAAAGGUUUUUGGAGUCCCGCUGGAGAUCAUAUCACUCUUAUGAACGUUUACAAUAAAUGGCAAGAAUCCAAUUUUUCGCAGAGAUGGUGUGUGGAGAAUUAUGUUCAACAUCGAACGAUGAAACGGGCGAGAGAUGUGAGAGAUCAGCUUGUUGGAUUGUUGGAGAGAGUGGAAAUUGAACUGAAAUCCUCCACUGACACGAUAAAAAUCCGAAAAGCCAUCACCGCUGGCUAUUUCUAUAAUGUAUCAAAACUGGACAAUUCGGGUCUCUACAAAACGGUCAAACACAAGCACACUACCUACCCACACCCGAAUUCGUGUCUUUUUGAAGAGACACCUCGAUGGGUUGUCUAUUACGAAUUGGUGUUUACGAGCAAGGAAUUCAUGAGAGAGAUGUCAGAAAUCGAGAGCUCGUGGCUUCUGGAAGUGGCACCGCAUUAUUAUAAGGGACGAGAACUUGAGGAUUCGACAAAUAAGAAGAUGCCGAAACAGAGAGGAAAGUCAGCCAAAGAUCUUGAACGAUAG